UGUCGCAAUGUCAUCAGUCAAAAUUUAUCCACCCAAGAAGGGCUCAUCAGCUUCAGAUAGCCCAUUGCCCCCGCUCAUCAAGACACCCUCUGGACUCGCGCUGCUUGAGAUGCAAGGAACCGUCAACGUACCUCACUUCAACCCCGACGAGGAACCCAGCCAAAAGGAGCCUGAGAUUUCCAUUGGCAAAGUGAUCUUCCCUGACUAUCACCCCGAAACGCAGGAAGAGGGCAGCACAGCCUGGAUGAAGCGCGUCUUCCUCUAUGUCGGCCAGCAUCAGAGACUACAGGGCGAGGUGAAGAAGCUCCCGAAGGCCAUGGCCAUCAUCCGGCGGAGGGGGGACGCCGCCACUAGCGGUGAAGGAGAGGCUGAGGAGGAGCUUGAGAUUGCGGAGAUCGUUAAGUACAAGGUCAUGUUUGGGAAUCGGCCUGAGCCCGUUGGCACGGAAAACACAUAGGAGACACCUUUGUUAUUUGUUAUCGACGGCUCAAAGCCACCGGGCCGAUCUUUGAGGAAUCACAUCCACGCCGACGAGGCUUGUCAUGUCGAGCCAAGAGGGCGAAGGGGUUGCCAAGGGCAAUAGCGAUCGCACCGUU